ACGUUUUAUUUGUCAAAAUCAGACGGAUCGAGGACAUCUCAUUCAAGAACGGUCUGGAAACACCCUUGUUAUGAAUCCCUGGGACCCCAUUACUUAUACAGUUACACCUGCUGCUAAGAUUUUAGCCAGAUGUGUAACAUCAGGCAUCAUGACACAGGAGGAGCUUGAUGCUCUCCCACGGGAUUCAGAAGUCUUUUCCUCAUCUUUACUUGAAGCUGAGCAGCUGAACAGAAUUAAACAUGAUCUCGAUCAGACUAAUUUAGAUUUAGAGCUGCUGAAGCUAGAAAGAGACGGCGCAGAUGUCACUCACACUCAUUACCUCAGUCAAAGGUUUGCUUCCUUGCAACAGUUCACUUCCCACCUUCAGGAAGUGUUGCGAGAACAGACAGUCCUACGAGAGAGACUCACAAAGCCACUGUGUCAGCAGAACCUGCCCAUUCAGGCGGAUCUUCACAGAUAUGUGGUAGAGCUCAUGGGGAUGGUGGUGGAGUUCAUUCAGAACUUGGAAGUGAAAAUUAAGAUGGUUCAAGCAAUUCCAACCACAGACAGUUACCUGAGUAAUUUGAGCAAUGCCAGAACUCAACUGCUGGCUCAGGUCACUGAAGUCGAGAACCUUUACAAGCAAGUUCUUAAGCAACGACACCAUCUACAAACCGACAUUAAAGACAUGUCCAGUUCAUAAAAAAAUCCAGAAUAUUUAAAUAUAAUGGCACCUUUUGUUCAGGAUACUAGUGGAUAUUAAAUUAAUAAAAAGAACUAAUUACAAGUUUGCUGACUGAUUUAGUAUACAUUUUUACAGUUUUGUAUUCUGUAUACUGUAUGUUCAAACUAUGUAACAUUCAUAUUUUGGUUCAUUUGUCUCUAUUUUGUGUACUUAUUGGUUGCUGACAACUAUCUUUGACACAUUAGAGAAAACUGAUUUGAUUUUUUACUUCAUGGAUUAUAUACUGCAGCAAUAUGUAAAUACAUUAAGACGUAUUUUGUGAAGUUUUUUUUUCUUU